UUUCAUCUGUAAUCAUAACAGACUGGCAGUUUGUUUUCUAUGUUUUUUCUUGAGAUUGCCAAUGUAAACCCUGCAUUUUUCACACAUGCCCGUAUUAAUUGCUGUUUCUUGGACUUAUGUAAUACAACCCUUUAUGCAUUGCUUGUCCCGUUAAUAUCUACACUGAAGCUGUAAAUUCCUGGUAAUCUAUGUGUGCUUAAUUGUCUGAAGUUACAAAACAACCUGAUCAAACUAGUCAAAGUAAAGGAGUGGCUAAGUUUGUUGGGUGGAGCUGGGAAAGUACUACAGUUAGCUAAAAGAGAAGUAAGCAUUUUGCAAUCCAUAUUUUGAAGGCAAACAGUUUUGUACCAAGUAGAAUAACCUAGAAGAGGUGAAAUCUGUUACAAAAUCAAGGACGAUGGGCACUGCAGGGAAAGUAAUCAAAUGCAAGGCAGCAGUAAUCUGGAAACAAAAAGAACCAUUUAGUAUUGUGGAAAUAGAAGUAGCUCCACCAAAAGCACACGAAGUUCGCAUCAAGAUUUUGGCUUCUGGAAUUUGUCGCUCAGAUGACCACGUUGUAAGUGGUGCAGUAAAGGCAAAAUUGCCUAUUAUUCUUGGUCAUGAAGCAGCUGGUGUGGUUGAGAGUGUGGGGGAAGGUGUUACCAGUAUGAAAGCAGGAGACAAAGUCAUUCCGAUUUUUCUCCCACAAUGUGGUCAAUGCAGUACUUGCCUGCAUCCUAGAGGCAACCUGUGCAAGAAGAAUGACCUUCACACAGGGUCUGGAUUAAUGGAGGAUGGCACCAGUAGAUUCACUCACAAAGGAACAGUACUGCACAGUUUUGCUGGUACCAGCACUUUCACAGAAUACACGGUGGUAAACGAGUAUUCGGUUGUCAAAAUUGAUGCUGCAGCACCUCCUGAAAAAGUGUGCCUUAUUAGCUGUGGGUUUUCUACUGGCUAUGGUGCUGCCUUAAAUGCUGCAAAGGUGAGGCCUGGUUCUACCUGUGCCAUUUUUGGACUCGGAGGAGUUGGUCUCUCAGUAGUCAUGGGCUGCAAGGCAGCUGGAGCUUCCCGAAUCAUUGGAGUCGAUAUCAACAAGGAUAAAUUCCCCAAGGCUAAAGAAUUUGGUGUCACAGACUGUAUCAAUCCCCGGGAUUACCAGAAACCCAUCAAUGAAGUUAUCUUUGACUUGACUGGGGGUGAAGGAGUAGAAUAUUCCUUUGAAGCCAUUGGAAACCCUGAAGUCAUGAUGUCUGCCUUGAAUUCCUGCCAAAUAAAUUAUGGAAAGUGCAUCAUUGUGGGAGUACCCCCUUCGGAUUCUAGCAUUGACUUUCAUCCAGGACUUCUCUUCUCAGGCCGCACUUGGAAAGGAACUCUGUUUGGAGAUUGGAAAAGUAAAGAUUCAGUUCCUAAAUUGGUGUCAGAUUACAUGAACAAAACGUUUAUCCUAGAUCCAUUAAUUACUCACACUUUACCAUUUGAAAAAAUCAACGAAGGCUUUGAUUUGCUUCACUCAGGAAAAAGCAUCCGUUGUGUCCUGACGUUCUAAAGUCUCUGGUUCUGAAGAAAAAUAGAAAACCAUCAUUUCUGUCUCUGAAUCCAUCGGAAAUGCAUUAUGCAGCAUAUAUGCUUCAAUAAGCCAGUCAACAGAAACAGAAUUGUUUCUUUUCUUUCUAUCUCUUUUCUCCCCAUUCUGGUUCGUGUGUUGCUAUUAUUACUGCUGAAUUUACCCACAAGGAAGACAACCCUGAAAUUAAGGCAGUCCCAUACAAAAACAAAGAUUGGGCAACAUAAACAUGCUUAACAUUCCUGUGUUUUGUACACUUUCCCUAUUUCAUCAGCUCUCUCUUUCUCUCUUUGAAGCAAAUUCUAGCAACGUUUGUUCUCCUGACAAAUAAGUACAUGUUACCU